AGUAAAGCGCGUCUAGGUCACUCCGAACGCUCACUCGUAUAUAAAGAUGUUGCCCGACUCGCAAGACAUUCAGUCUCGUUCGAGCAUUGACGACGAUUUGGUUGAUAAGACUGAUUGUGUGUGAAACGAAACUCAACAGACAUGAGUUCGUUCAAGUUUUUAGUGCCCUUAGUGCUACUUGUGCUGCUUGCUGUAGCUUCGGCUAAACCUCACAAUAUUCUCGGUCAGAUUCUCGAUAACCAUCGUCAUCACGAUUCGAGUAUUCUCGAUCCCCUGGGUCUCUUCCACAAGCACCCAUACGGGCAAAGUAGUGCAAAUGCCGACGCCUCGGCGCACAGCGAGGCUCACGCACUGCAGGGUGGUUUGAACCUAGGACCCAUCAGUUUUGGAGGUAGCAUCACUAGUGCCAAGUCUGACGCUCAUGCCAGUGCCAAUGCUAACGGCGGUCAAGGUGGCGCUGGAGCAAACGCCCAUGCAACCGCUAACGCGAAUGCAAAUGUCGGUAGCGUUGGAGGCAAUCAAAAUUACAGAAACUACGGACCAUACGGCCAGGACGGUCAGGGUUUUGGUCCAGGAGGAUUUGGACAGUCGAAUUCCAAUGCUGAAGCUCACGCUCAAGCUCAAGCUCAAGCUCAAACUCAGGCUCAAGGAAAUGCCAAUGGAUAUGGACCUGGUUUCAGUCCUAACUAUGGUCCCAAUUAUAGUGGACCUACAUUUAACGCUGGCUCAGGAGCUAAAUCGCAAGCGAAUGCUCAAGCUCAAGCUAAUGCAAACUCGAAUACAGGUGGCUUAGUUGGUGCCCCUGGUUAUGGACCAAAUUAUGGACCGGAUCGUUUCGGACCGUUCUAUGGAGGUGGUCCAGCUCAAUCCCAAGCCAAUGCUCAAGCGCAGGCUGACAGUCAAGGAGUAGGAGGAAUUGUAGGCAUUCCAGUUCAGGAACCACAGUUCAUUGACAACAACAACAUCCAGAAUUAUCCUACUGGAAACGCUAACGCCAACGUAGGAGGUAGUUAUCAACAUCAACAACCGACUGGUGGUACAAUAGUGCUUCCGGUCACUGUGAUAGAUGUACCGAUGAAACACAAACACCACUUCCACCACCAUCACCUGCACCGUCAUCAUAACAAACCCCAAACACAACGACCUACGUUUGUACUAGCUCCUCAGCCUCAGCCUCCAACAUUCGUACCAGCUCCCCAACUGUCACCUCCAACUGUUGCUCCAGCUCCACGUCCACCUCUACUUGCCCAACAGCCGGUUGAAAUCAUCGUUAUCGAAGAGACCAAGCCACUCAGAGGACCAAGCUGUAAUCAAGGAUGCGGUCAAUCUGCACCAACGUUCAGCAGUUCAAAUCCAUUCCUGAAUGCCGGUAGCAAUGCUGAAUCAUCGGCUAACGCUGGAGCAUCAGCAAAUGCCAAUGCUCAGGCUAGUGGAGGUUCAUAUCAGCCAGCUGUAACUGGGCCAGCUAGACCUUCUUAUUAUGGCAAUCCCUUUCUUUACAACAAAUCGAAUACGGGAGCAUUCUCGAACGCUGGUAGCAACACUGGUGCUAAUUACGUACAGCCAGUUCAACCCGCGCAGCCAAAACAGCCUGUGAUAACAGUGCAACCUCCAGUACCUCAAGGAUACAGUCAAGGUGGUAAUUCCAACGCCAACGCGAAUGCACAUGCAAAUGCUGGCACUUCUGGUAUCGUAAAAAUAACCAUCCCGCUAGGCGGCAGCGAAGGGUCGUAUGGAGGUUUCAACACUGCUGGUGGUCACCAAGGAUCUCUUGGCAGCUAUACCGGCAGUAACAACGUGAUCGGAGCUCACCAGGGAUCAGUCGGUGGAUUUAAUGCCAACGCGGCCGGUGGUCACCAAGGAUCGCUCGGCGGUUUCAACUCUAAUUCCAAUACAAAUGUGAACGCAAACGCUAAUGCCGCAGCUAAUGCCGCAGCUAAUGCCGCAGCUAAUGCUGGAUCAGUCGACGGCUACAACACUAAUGCAAACGCUGCUGGUGGUCAUCAGGGAGCUCUUGAUACCUUUUCCAACAAUAACAACAAUGUUGGGAAUCACCAAGGUUCGAUCGGCGGUUUCAAUACGAUCGGUGGCCAACAAGGAUCUCUAGGCGGUUUCGACUCAAAUGCCAAUUCCAAUGCCAAUGCCAAUGCCAAUGCCAAUGCCAAUACUAAUACCAAUGCAAAUGCCAACGCAAAUGCCAACGCAAAUGCUAAUGCUGCGUCUGCUGGUGGAUCAGGAGGAUUAAUCGUCGUCGACGAUACUUUAAAUGGCAACAACGCUAACGUAUUUGAAAAUGGUGCUGCUGGGGCUAAUGGUAACACAGGUGUAUUUACCGCUCCUUUGCUGCCGAGCUACGGAAGGUUUGAUCAUGCUGGUUCACACGCGGAUGCCAGUGCCAACAGCAAUGCCAAUGCCGGAGGUAUUGGUUCGGGAAGUGCGUCGGCUUCAGCCAACGCUAACGCCAGCGCGUCAUCGAAGGGUUACGGCGGAGCCAACGCGUCGGCAUCUGCAUCGGCAACUGCGUCUGCGGGAAUCGGCGGUAUAUUUGAGUCGAAGAGCUCUGCCGGAGCAACGUCGGUAGCGGACACGCGCGACGGACUUAUCUUCAGCUCGUAAUGCUGUGAGACAGCUUGAAGAGCCGGUCGGGUGAUAGCACAUGUUUUGGACACUUUUAUCUCUUACGACGCUCUUCAGUCGGCUCAGCGUAAGAUUUAGAAUGCUUCUAAUACUUGACUCCUAACCAAAUGAAUAAUACUCUGCGCUUUUUUUUUACGACGACGUUAAACGAUUUGUUUUGCUGAAUGUGGCAUCAUUGCUUCAUUAAAUACAUCAUGUACAGUAUGCAUAUAUGCGCCUUUUAUGAAUAUCAAUUAUUCACACGUCGGAUUUUAUUGUUUCCUGCUGUAAGAAAAUGAUGUAAAUUCGAAAAUUAUUAUUUGUUAGAAAUUUUUUACUUUUUAUUAGCCGUAGACACUCGUUUUAAGUUUCUGCAAUCGAAACCAUUAUAACUGUUCGUAAGUAGUUUCGGCGAGCGAAGAUCGCCAAUCAAAUGAAAUUUCAUAUCGCCUCGCGGAUGUACUUAAUAAUUUUUUCGGCAUUCCCGCGAAGUAUCAUCGAUCUCGCAUCAGAUCAGCAAGCUUGUAUCACGAUUGUUUUGACCGAGCGACCGUCUAUAUGUGUGCGUGUCAGUGUGCGUGUGUGUAUGCGUUAUGUUUUAUGAAACUUUUUUUCGCGUUCGCACAAUCAUUCGCCAUUGCCGUUGAUUGGUUGCGUUAUUAUGUACUUAAAUAUAUGACAAAUGUGGAAAUGCAAUAAAAUGUAUAAUACUUUUUGAAA